GGCCCCUGAAAUCAAUCUAGAACUUCCUAAACGGCAAUCAGGCCUGCCGUGAUGUUCUAUUGCCGCGAAAUGACAGUGGACCCAGAUGGGUUGUGUCAGCUCAUAUAUUAGAGUCUUCAUGCCUUCCUCGAGUCUUCCAGCUCUUCAAACACACAGCUCUUGUGUCUGCCUGUUCUAUCAGAGACACCGUUCUCCAUCCAUAUUACGUUACGCUUUAUUGCUCCACAAUCCUAAGGUUCAUUACCGUCCAGUGCAUCCAGCAUGGGGGUGACCACCACGAUCAAGGAUCGGAGCGCGUCUCAUUCGCACACAAGCACAACUCCAGCCUCUUCACAUGAGUCUGAGCAGAAGCCCAAAUACACCGAUGGCGAAUCAGACGAAUUCGAGUUCGGUGGUUCCUUUGGAGCAGCAUCUUUGAUGGUUGGCUUUCCCCUCCUGAUGUGGUACAUGUGGAUUGGAGCAACCUACUAUGAUGGCCAAUUCCCCACGCCAGAAGCCGGCCAAACCUGGGGUGACUUUGCGCACCACAUGGCUCACCUCGUGUACAAAGGAGCAUACCCCACAGCCAAAGCCUGGGCUGUGUAUUGGACCUUCUUCAUCGUCGAGGCUCUGAUGUACUGCUACAUGCCCGGCGUGCUGAGCCAGGGCCGGCCUCUGCGCCACGAAGGCGGCAAGAAGCUCCCGUACUACUGUUCAGCCUACACCAGCUGGUACGCGACUCUCUCCAUCGCCGCUGCACUCCACAUCAUCGGGGUCUUUCCUCUAUACACGCUCAUCGACGAGUUCGGGUCCAUCAUGACAGUGGCGAUCCUCUCGGGCUUCAUCAACAGCAUCAUCGUCUAUGCUCAGGCUGUCUUCCGAGGGAGGACUCAUCGACUGACUGGAUACCCCAUAUACGAUUUCUUCAUGGGCGCCGAGCUGAAUCCUCGGAUUGGCAUCCUGGAUUUCAAGAUGUUCUAUGAGGUCCGCAUUCCGUGGUUCAUUCUGUUCCUCACCACCGCCUCCGUGGCGGUGCGACAGUACGAGGCAUACGGUUACGUGUCGGCGGAGGUGGUCUUCCUGAUGGGAGCACAUUUCCUCUACGCAAAUGGGUGUGCGAAAGGCGAGCAGUUGAUCAUUACAUCCUGGGACAUGUACUUUGAGAAGCUCGGCUUCAUCCUCACUUUCUGGAACAUGGCCGGCGUACCGUUUACUUACUGCCACUGCGCGCUGUACCUGGCCAACCAUGCACCGUCUGAGUAUCGCUGGAACCGACUCUCACUACUGGCAUUCUCCGUCGUGUACUUGUUCAUGUACUGGAUGUGGGACUCGUCGAAUGGCCAGAAGAACUCGUUCCGUCAACAGGAGCGCGGGCAGCUGAUCAAACGCAAGGCGUUCCCUCACAUGCCCUGGACGGUCAUCGAGAAACCCCGCGUCAUCGAGACCAGCGCUGGAGAUCGUAUCAUGGUGGAUGGGUGGUUUGCCAUCAUACGCAAGCCAAACUAUGUUCCCGAUAUGUUCUUUGCCAUGUCCUGGGGUCUCAUUACAGGAUUCAAGAGUCCCUUUCCUUGGUUUUAUUUUGUCUUCUUCAUGGUCAUGAUCAUCCACCGAGCCCGGAGGGACAUUGCAAGGUGUCGCAGAAAGUACGGAGACGCCUGGACUCAGUACGAGAAGGAGGUCCCCUAUCUUUUCAUUCCAUACGUCAUCUAGUGCGGCCCUUGGAAUUGGUCCUGAGAGCAUAAUAUCGAGAUGCCGAGUCCACAAGUUCAUUUUCAGUUUCGCAGGAGAUGCAGAUGGAGCAAAGCAGAUGAUCUUAGAGGUGGUGCAUCUCAAUGAUGCUCUCACAAGAAAAGCUGGGAUAUGCUUAGAAUCCGUCAUAGUGGUCAGCCUGCAAGAAAUA